GGGAGCUUUAAAACUGGUUUAAAGAUGAGCUGAAUCAUGCUGUGAGGGAUACAAAGAUCCAGACUGCCUAAAGCCUGGACCACUUCAGGAUCCAACCUUUCAGGGACCUGAAGAUCCAGCUGUUUAAUCUGAGAGCCAACAGAAAGCCUGGUCCCGGAGCCAAAAUUUCAAGAAGAAUCAUCUGGGACUAAACUUUUACUGGACUCUCCUCCAAAACCAGACGGGAUCUUUGGUUGAAACUCUUCUGGUACCACUCUCUGGUCAGUUUCAGGACCUUUCUGGAUAAUUGCUGUGCCCAGACUCUUCACCAGCAUCAAACCUCUUAAGAAUAUCCACAUCUGGAUAUUCUACCUCCAUUAUUUGGACCUUUUUUUACUACCGGGACAUUAAAGAUCCCACUGUGGGCUUACUGUUGAGCAGUAUGGUGGUGGGGAAGAGUCCAUACUGCAUCAUGGUCCACCAGUUUGAAUCUGGAUGCUCGUUGGAGUCGGUCAAAGGUAACGGCACCAUGGGGAAACAGGUGGAGGAGCCGAGCACAAAGCGGAGCAAACUGGUAUCCAGGGUGACGUCUCUGGCCAACCUGCUGCCGCCUGUUAAGACCGUACCGCUGAAGAGGAUUGGGCAGACAUUGCAGCGCUCCAUCAGUUUCCGGAAUGAGACUCAGACAGAGAGAGCCACCGCUCAUCCUCCUCCCUCAUCGUCGGCGUUGAAGUCACGCACAAUCCCAGCCACGGUCUCCAGCUCUAACGCCAUAACUCCAACACGGGUUUCCACCACAUCAGCUCCGAGCUCAAAGCGCCGCGACAGCAAACUGUGGAGCGAGACGUUUGAUGUCCAUCUGGGAGCGACGCAACCUCUGAGCCCGAAGGAGAUCAAACGACAAGAGGCGAUAUUUGAGCUGGCUCAGGGCGAGCAAGACUUAGUAGAGGAUCUGAAGUUGGCAAAGAAGGCCUACCGUGACCCAAUGCUGAAGCUGUCCAUCAUGACAGAGCAAGAACUGAACCAGAUCUUUGGUACUCUGGACUCUCUGAUACCUCUGCAUGAAGACCUGCUGAGUCACCUCCAAGAUGCCAGAAAACCCGACGGCUCCACAGAACAUGUGGGACACAUCCUGACCGACUGGCUGCCCUGCCUCUCCUCCUACACCCCCUACUGCAGUAACCAGGUGAAGGCCAAGGCUUUGUUGGACCAGAAGAAGCAGGAUCGGCGGGUCCAGGACUUCUUGCAGCGAUGUCUUCAGUCACCAUUCAGCAGGAAGUUGGACCUGUGGAACUUCCUGGACAUCCCGCGCAGUCGGCUGGUGAAGUACCCGCUGCUGCUCAGAGAGAUCCUGAAGCACACGCCCAACGACCACCCGGACCGGCAGCACCUGGAGGAGGCGAUGUUGAUGGUUCAGAGCGUGGUGGCGGACAUUAACAGGCGGACAGGGGAGUCAGAGUGUCAGUACUACAAGGACCGUCUGUUGUACUCGGAGUAUGCUCACAGGGAUGAGCUCAUUGACCGGUCCAGGACGCUCAGCUGCCACGGAGAGCUCAAGAACAACAGAGGACUCAAGCUUCACGUGUUCCUGUUCCAGGACGUCCUGGUCAUCACCAGGUCGGUCUCUCUGAACGAUCACCCAGUAAGCUAUCAGCUCUGCCGCCAGCCAAUCCCCAUCCGGCAGCUGGACCUGGAGGACCUAUCAGAUGGCGAGAUGAGAGUGGGCGGGUCCAUCAGAGGAGCGUUUAGCAACAAUGAGAGAACUAAGAACUUCUUCCGGGUCUCGUUCCGUUCCGGCAGUCAGCUGCAGACUCACUGCUUCCAGGCCAGCGACGCAUUCAACAAACAGCAGUGGAUCAACUGCAUCAGACAAGCCAAAGAAGCUGCAACACUAAGCGGAGACACGCCGGCACAGACGGGACAGUGUGUGGAGACGGCGCUGGGAGGACAGAUUGGCCCGCUGGCUGAGACAGAGCUCAGACUGUGUGGGGAUUCAGAGCUUGAAGACGAGAAGGGGAGCUGGGGAGAGAUAGAGCCAGGGCUGGGUUUGGAGGGAGAGGAAGGCGUGAGUGGAGAGAAAGAUCUUAUUUCAGGUGAAGGUGAAGAGCCUGAGACAGCGAGGGAGAUGGAGGCAGUGUUGGCAGUGGAUGGAGAUUUGGAGUUAGAUGGAGAAGAAGAGUUGGAUGAUGAGACGAGGCUGGGGGGCAGUGAGACAGAUGCAGGCGUGGAGAUGGAGAUGGUGCAGGGUGGUGGGGAUGAGGACAGCCUGAAGGUGGAUGAAGGAAGUGGAGGAGGGGACCAAGGAGAAGAAGAAGAGGUGGAGGAUAGCAGUGGUGAUAAUGAUAUUUCCUCCUCCAUUUCUGCUGACAAAGAGGAGAGGGAGGUGAUGGAGGAGGAGCAGAACAGUGCUGAGGUAGAGGAGGAUGUGGGCAUGGAAACCAGCGACAUGGACUCUCUGCAGGGUGAAGAAGUGAGCUUCAGAUGCUGAUGUUUGGACCUAAAAGGAGAAAAGGAGCAUGAAACACUGACAGACUGCUACUGCAGCCAAUCAAAUCAAAGACUUGAAGAUGAAGCCACAGAUGGAUAAAGCCAAAGUAAUAUCUAGGAAUUAAAGAUAACUGAUGGGUUUCUCAACACUGUAACUGCUGUAACCAUGGUAACCCCUCACUCUAGAAUGCCAGGUCAUCAUUCAGUACCAAACCGAGAAACACUGCUCCUUUGUAUGUCCUCAGUCUGCUCUUAACACCAGAUUUUAUCAGGUAGCAACCUACAGUGUUGAAAACUGAAACGGUGCAAAAAACCUGCAGUUCCACAAGUGUCCACUUGAGGCUGGCUCCAAAAAUGAGUCAAUCUCCAUUAGGUCUCACAUUGAAAAUGCUCAUUUCUAGGGGAAAAUAAAUGAUACAUUUGUUCAGUUUCUUCUUCUGUGCUUUCAAAUAGAGCUGAAAUGAAAUGUACAUAACGGCUGUUCUCUCAGGAAAAACAUCCACCAGUGUCAUUUAGAAACACAGCGGUAGUGUAAACUGCUCUGAGAGGUCAUGUCCACCUGUAUCUAGCUAUGCUAGUAAGGGUUUAUUGGUAGAAAAUAAUGGGGGUGAUCGUCAUAUGGUGCCGGUGUAUUUUGGACUUAAGAGUUAGAUGGAUUGACAGGUGGGCACAUUUUAACUAUUUGCCUAGAAGCUUAAAGGCUCAUUUAUGCUCCAGGCAUACGGAUAAGAAGGGAGUUUUCUGUCCGUGUUCUGUAUUUCUUUUGUGUUUAUGUCUGCUUGCUCUCUAAAAAUGUUGCAAUAAUACCAGUCACCAUGGGGGCAGUGUUGAGCAAUGUGGCCAUUAGCAUUAAAGUACAAAAAAAAGAAGUAUAAUUCUAAAAAUGUUGGAAUUUGAACUUUCUGGGGGUUCGCCAAGUGUUGUUUGAGCUGUUAGGAAUAACAAACAUACUGUAUAUAUGACGUUAGCUUACUGGGACUCAGAAAGAGACAACUACAACAGAACAGCUGGGCAGGUAGUAGCAAGGAAGGAGUUGUGGAAGUCUGUGAGAGACAGCGCACUCUAGUGGAGACAGUUUUUAAACUCCACCCUGAAGAUGGAAAUAGGUAGGUGGCGACGGUUGUCUGGUUUAAAACAUGGAUCUGUUAUUAGAAGAAGCAUAAAUGAGCCUUAAGAUCACCUCAACAUCAGUCUGUUUCUAAAUUAAUCAGAGGUUGGGUUGAUGCAUGAUGUCCAUGCUGGUUUCAAUCCUUCAGUUUUGUCAAGCCAAAGAUUGAGAUCACUGAGACUAUGUUCAUGUUUGUUCAAUCUAUGGACUUAAUCUCUGUGUAAAAGACAAAAAACAAUGUUGAAGUGCCUUAAACCUGUAUGUAUUCCUUACACCCAGGAGGGGGCGACUCAAAUUCUUACAAAAAAUUCAAUUUAUAUUGUAAGUUUACCUUUCAUUUAUUAUCCCAGGGGUGAUUUCUCAAGAAGUAAAUGCUCUUAACUUCUCAAUUCAAGUCAUUUUUGAUGAAAUCUGAUUUUUAUUCCUCUAAUUGUUAUCCCUUUGCAGCUGUUAUUGACUAGUGGGUAUCACUGAAUUAUUUUUGAGUGUUUGGAUUUACUCAAAGUUGGAUGCUGAAAACUUAAUUUUCAAAAAACUUCAAAUCAUCUAUGCAUUUUAUACCAUCGCUGGUAUUUACUCAGGAUUAUUUCUGAUAAUCUGUGAUAUACCCUUCCCUUCACAUUACCCUUAGCUUAUCCCAGAUAGUUUGACAUUUAUGCGUUUCAUCUGAGGAAGGGCUACCAAUACAGUAUUUCAUUUCCAGCAUGUAAAUGCUGAAGAAUUUACAGUGAAAUCCUGAUGGUUCUGCUAAAAACAAUCCUGGACAGCUUCCACUGAAGGUGAUACUACAGCAGUAGUCAUUUUAAAUAUUGAGUGUUUUUAUAGCAGAGAGAAAAGUCAUGAAGGAGGAGCCUGUUCUGUAUGUACUGUAUGUAUGUAAAGAUUGUAUAUUAACUUGAUCUGUAUAUGAAUGUAGGAAAAAAAGCCAAACAUGUUUGUUUAGCUUACACGUGAAAACAUGGCGGACAAUGUCAAGACAAUCUGUGUCACAUUACUGCUGUACUGCUGUGAUGAUGAUGAUGAUGAUGAUGACAGUGGAUAAAGGAUAACAGUUUUCAACACUGGUUAUUUGCACAUACCAAAGACUUGAGUGCACAUGUCUUCGAACAUUCUUUCUGUUAUCUAACGUGUGGAUUGUCAAAGACCAGAGCAUUAAU